AUGCCCCCUCGCAAGAACAAGCAGAAGGCUGUACAAAUCGCUCCGCCAUUAAUCAUACCCGGUAGCUCGACUUACCCUGGUAAGAAGGAUGGGAAGGGGCUAGAAGCGCCUCAAUGGGAGGCAUGUCGCCGCAUGGUCGAGGGCGUGUAUAACACCACUGAGGAUGGUAUUCGGAUAGCGGAGAUCUUUUGCGACUUGCCCGAUAGGACAGACUUUUCGGAUUACUACGAGACGAUCCCGGAGCCGGAGUGCCUGAACAACGUCGCGCAAAUGCUCUCUGAUCAGGCGUUCCCGACGCCCGACAAGUUCUUUGCGCAGCUACUGCUGAUCUUUCUCAAUGCAAAGCACUACAACGAGGACGGGUCUCAACUGUACGAAGACGCAACCGACUUUGAGGAACAAAUCUGGGCAGAAUGGCGCAAAUCCGCCGCAGAGGGCAUAUUCAAGGGCGAGCCGCACCUGCCCAAAACCGAGACUCGGAAAGGCAAGAAGGGCGGACUCGAGCCUCCCAAGGCAGAAGGGCGGAACUCAGCUACUCCCGCUGCGGCCUCUCCACUUCCCGAGCCGCCCAAACCUGUCUCCGCGCAGCCCGUCGCAUCCUCGUCCCGCCCAACACGAUCAGCGCCGGUCGUCCUUCCCCAGCCACAAUCACCAAAUCACCCUCUUCCCCGAGGCCUGAGCGCGGCGGAUCGUCAGGUCGUCGCUGCGCUCGAUGCGAAGCUACCGCGGUGGUCUGGGCCAGUGGCUGUCCUGCCCGGUCCGAAGGAGGUCGGUGGGGUAAGGGGAAGUGGGUGGUGGGGCGAGGAUCAGCCUGAGUUCGAGGCGUCUCCUGCGGGACAGGGAAGUCGGUCAUCCAGAAUACGGAACGUGAUCAACGCUGUUACCGGCUACAGAGAUAAAGAUAAUCUUUGCCUUGCGGAGACGUUAGACCGUGUCCCACCACUCAUCGACCUCCCUUACCUGUCGUACUCUGGCAGCGUAUCGCUUGCGGCCAUUCGGCACAAGUCGGAUCGGGGCGAAUACCGAUCGCUCGCAGAAGCGGAUGUCGAGGUGACGCGACUAUUCGAGCGGGCUCGCCGGUGGUACCUCGAAGGAACGACCGAGUACGGCCACACCCUCAUCCUCCAGCGGCUCUACAACGCGCUCACUUCCUCUCAACCAUCCGUCUCCCCCCUCCCUAUCCCCGCCCCCUCAUCUACCAACUUCUCGACCAUCAUCGCUGGUCCCGGCCGCGCUCGCCCCACAACAGAUACCGAAAGCACCCUCGCGAUCACCCACCAAAAAGUACCCAAUAAGGACCGGAUCGGGACCCCCGAAGUCCGGCACAAGGGCGUCUCGUAUCGUCUCGGCGACUAUGUCCACCUUAUUCAUCCGGACGACGCGACCCGCCCGAUCGUAGGACAAGUGUUUAGGACAUUUGUGCCAACCAAGGGAAGCACGAGUCAUCACGUGACGGUGUGCUGGUAUUUCCGUCCAGAGCAGACGGUGCAUACGGCGGAUCGACAGUUUAUGGACCGCGAGUUGCUCAAGACGGGUCAUCUGUGUGAUCAUCCGGUAGAUGAUCUGAUUGAGAAGGUGUCGGUACAGUUUUUGUCGAAAUAUGUGCGGGGGAGGUCAAGGGCGGGAGAGUACUUUCCGGGAUGGCCCUUGUAUGUAUGCCAAUCACGCUUCAACGAUAGAUACUGGCAAACGAUACGGAUCAAGAACUGGGCAAGCUGCAUACCCGAGGAACUGCGUCAAUCGGAAUUCAUGUCUCUCGUCAACUUUGAACGCCCCAUCGAACCCCUCCUCUUCCCCUCGCCUCUACUCCCGUCAAGCGGGACCGGCAUCACAGGUCCAGGCUUCAUCGCCGAGCCCCGCGGACAAAUCACGGAAGAGGAAGACGAGGAUAAGGUAGCCCCCCCUCCCCCGGCCAAGUCAGCACCGGCGCAGCGUAGUACCCAGCCCGCCACGGCGAUGCCUGCGACCGCUUCGGGCUCGGCGAUAGCGACGCAUCGGCCCCAGACGGCAACGUCGGGCGGAUCUACCAAGACGUUUGGAGCGAUGUACGGGGGUCAGCAGGCGAUGGAUAUGAUUGCGUACAAGGAGUAUUUGCCGGUGGAGACGGCUCGCCUGUUUGACCGCGACGCGCGCCAAGCAGUGAUGUGGUUUUCCGGCCCACCACUUCCAUCAACUCAGGAAUCACAGCGGCCGACCCAUUCGCUAGCGUAUCUCGCGCAUCUGACGAAACGAAAACGAGCUCUGGCCGAUGAUGGACCAGAGCAGCCGGCUCCGCAGGCGCAUCGAAGCUAG